AUGGAUCUCUCUUGGUGCAUUAUCUGCGAUCGUCACUGCACAGAAGACAACUUGUACUGCUCACAAGUUUGUGAACGCAAAGACAUAGCGUGCGAAACUUUUGAACCUGUGUAUAUGCCUCUGUCUCCACCGUCGUCGCCUUUGAUGAACUCGCCUCAUUCGUUUUAUGAAAAGCCCAGCGUCUGUCACAAACGUCCUUUUGUCCUUGCUCCCGUUUCUCCGCCCUCUUGGGGAUGCCCUUCGCCCCUCUCCAUCUACGAUGACGAUCCGUGA